CUUCACCCGCAUCCUAGACAGACUGCUAGACGGGUACGACAACCGGCUGCGCCCCGGCCUCGGAGAGAGCGUGACGGAGGUGAGGACCAACAUCUACGUCACCAGUUUCGGACCGGUGUCCGACACAGACAUGGAGUACACCAUUGACGUGUUCUUCCGCCAGAGCUGGCGUGACGAGCGGCUGAAGUUCGACGGGCCGAUGCAGGUGCUGCCGCUCAACAACCUGCUGGCCAGCAAGAUCUGGACCCCCGACACCUUCUUCCACAACGGGAAGAAGUCCGUGGCCCACAACAUGACCACGCCCAACAAGCUGCUCCGGCUGGUGGACAACGGAACGCUGCUGUACACCAUGAGGCUGACCAUCCAUGCGGAGUGCCCCAUGCAUCUGGAGGACUUCCCCAUGGACGCCCACGCCUGUCCCCUCAAGUUCGGCAGCUAUGCGUACACCAAUAACGAGGUCAUCUAUCUGUGGACCAAGGGGGACGAGAGGUCCGUCUCGGUGGCGGAGGACGGCUCCCGGCUCAACCAGUACGAUCUACUGGGCCACGAGUUUGGGAAGGAGACCAUAAGCUCAAGCACAGGCGAGUACGUCGUGAUGACCACCUACUUCCACCUGAAGAGGAAGAUCGGUUACUUUGUGAUCCAGACCUACCUGCCGUGCAUCAUGACCGUCAUCCUGUCCCAGGUGUCCUUCUGGCUCAACAGAGAGUCCGUUCCCGCCCGCACCGUGUUCGGCGUCACCACGGUGCUCACCAUGACAACGCUGAGCAUCAGCGCUCGGAACUCGCUGCCCAAGGUGGCGUACGCCACGGCCAUGGACUGGUUCAUGGCCGUGUGCUACGCCUUUGUCUUCUCCGCCCUCAUCGAGUUCGCCACCGUCAACUACUUCACCAAGCGGAGCUGGGCUUGGGACGGCAAGAAGGAGGGCAUGGAAAUACGGAGAAGAGAGUCCGCCACUCUGUCCAAAAAGGCCAACAACCAGUUCAACAUCGUGGGGACCACCUACGCCAUCAACGUGGCCAAGGACCAGGGCCUGACCACCGUGGCCAAGAGCGCCUCCGCCGGCGCCAAGAACAACUACUUCCGCAUGGAGGACCCCUACCUGGAGGCCAAGAAGUCCUACAACCGCGUCAGCAAGGUGGACAAGAUCUCCCGCAUCAUCUUCCCCGUGCUCUUCUUCAUCUUCAACCUGGUGUACUGGGCGACCUACGUCAACAGGAAGCCCCCCGUCAUCAACGCCAACAACCAGAACUGAGACGCCCCGCGCCCCCUGGCUGCCGGGGCGGGGCCGCCGGGAGGCCACGCCCCUCUGAGUCCGGACCUGUGUCUGUGUGUGUGUGUGUGUGUGUGUGUGUGUGUGUGUGUCAGUGUGUGGCUCCAAUCUGCCUGUGUGUGUAUGUGUUUGUGUGUGUCCGCCCAUCUUGUCGUGUGUUCGUUGUGUGCGUGUGUUGUUGGUGUACCAUGUGUAUGCGCUUUCAUUUUCCAUUCAACUUUGACCUUUUUAGCAUGAGCAUGUAUGUGUGUACCCAUCCGUGUGUGCAUGUGUGUGUGUUUGUGUGUAUGUAUGUGUGUGUGUGUGUGGUGUGUGUGUGUGUGGGUGUGUCGGU